CAGAGGAACAUAAUGUGUUUUUUUGUACAGGAUGGAGGUACAGUUGCUCACAUACGUCCCUUCCGUACUGUGAAACCUCACAGAUUGUCGUCUGUGAUAAGUGACACUUCAUAUCCAGUACUGCUGCACACAUCUGGAUCUGUGUGUGAAAACAGGCUGCGAGCUUGAAGCUACAUGGAAUCAGUAAACAGCUGGAUGCUACUCGGCUAACGAGCUUUAGCUGAGAUCAGGAACUGCAAGGAUGAUUUGCAACCUGUGAUCGGAGAGGAUGAGGAGCCGCAGUAACUCAGGAGUGAGGCUGGACGGUUAUGCCAGGCUGGUCCAAGAGACGAUCCUGUGUCACCAGAACCCAGUGACAGGACUUCUCCCUGCCAGCACCCAGAAGAAGGAUGCCUGGGUCAGGGAUAAUGUUUACAGCGUCCUGGCUGUGUGGGGGCUCGGCAUGGCCUACCGCAAGAACGCAGACCGCGAUGAAGACAAGGCCAAAGCCUACGAACUGGAGCAGAGUGUGGUGAAGCUGAUGCAGGGACUUCUGCAGUGCAUGAUGAGACAGGUGGCCAAGGUGGAGAAAUUCAAACACACCCAGAGUACAAAGGAUUGCCUGCAUGCCAAAUACGAUACUCCCACCUGUGCCACGGUGGUCAGAGAUGACCAGUGGGGUCACCUCCAGGUGGACGCCACCUCCAUUUACCUGCUGAUGCUGGCUCAGAUGACAGCCUCAGGUCUUCGUAUCAUCUCCAACAUGGAUGAGGUGGCCUUUAUCCAAAACUUGGUCUUCUACAUCGAGGCAGCCUAUAAAGUAGCGGAUUAUGGGAUGUGGGAGCGUGGUGACAAGACCAACCAGGGAAUCCCUGAACUCAAUGGCAGCUCUGUAGGAAUGGCAAAGGCAGCUCUGGAGGCCAUAGAUGAGCUGGAUCUGUUUGGAGCUCAUGGAGGACCGAAGUCAGUCAUCCAUGUUUUGCCAGAUGAAGUAGAACACUGUCAGUCCAUCUUGUGCUCUAUGUUGCCGAGAGCCUCGACGUCAAAGGAGAUAGAUGCCGGUCUGCUUUCUGUCAUUUCCUUCCCUGCUUUUGCUGUGGAGGACGCUGACCUGGUGGCCAUCACUAAGUCGGAAAUUAUAAGCAAACUGCAGGGUCGCUAUGGCUGCUGUCGCUUCAUCAGGGAUGGAUAUCGUUGUCCUAAAGAGGAUCCAUCUCGGCUGCACUACGAUCCUGCAGAGCUGAAGCUGUUUGAGAACAUCGAAUGUGAGUGGCCUGUGUUCUGGACUUACCUCAUCUUGGACGGCAUCUUUGCUGGAGAUCUUGUGCAGGUGCAAGAAUACCGUGAGGCUCUGGAGGGCAUUUUGAUCAGAGGGAAGAACGGCAUCAAACUGGUGCCGGAACUUUAUUCUGUACCACGUGAAAAGGUGGAGGAGGAGUACAGUAAUCCUCACACUGUGGACAGGGUGGCCAUGGGGCAGCUGCCACACAUGUGGGGACAAUCGCUCUACAUCCUGGGCUGCCUUCUGGCUGAGGGCUUUUUAGCACCGGGAGAGAUAGAUCCUCUCAACAGGAGAUUCUCUACAAACUUCAAGCCAGAUGUUGUGGUACAAGUUUGUGUUCUAGCAGAGUCGGAGGAGAUCCAGGAGAUGUUGGGGGAUCUGGGGAUCACGGUGCAGACGAUGUCAGAAGUUCUGCCUAUCAGGGUUCUGCCUGCUCGCAUCCUGAGCCACGUCUAUGUCAGACUGGGCAACUGCAAGAAGCUGAAUCUGAGUGGGAGGCCGUACAGACACAUCGGAGUCCUGGGAACAUCCAAAUUCUAUGAGAUCAGAGAUCGCUUUUACAUAUUCACCCCUCAGUUCCUGGAUCAACAUCAUUUCUAUCUGGCACUGGACAACCAGAUGAUUGUGGAGAUGUUACGAACAGAGCUGGCCUAUUUAUCUUCCUGCUGGAGGAUGACAGGACGACCAACUCUCACUUUCCCCAUCACACGCAGCAUGCUGGUUGAAGAAGGCGAUGCGAUCGAUCCGUGUAUCCUAGCAACCCUCAGGAAACUACAGGAUGGUUAUUUUGCUGGAGCCAGGGUGCAGAUGUCCGACCUCUCCAGCUUCCAGACCACUUCAUUCCACACUCGUCUCAGCUUCCUGGAGAACGACGACAGCUUACUGGAGGACGAGUAUGAUGAAGACGAUGACGAAUAUGGAGAGGAAUAUAACACAUGUGGGCAUUCAGGAGGCUCAAAGGACAUGUUUGACCGUUACCUCACCCAGCUCCUCCACAGCACCACCACCAAGUGCCAUCUUCCUCCCAUCCAGAGGGGGCAGCACCACGUCUUCAGUGCCGAACACACCACAAGAGACAUCCUGUCCCUGAUGGCACAAGUCCAGGGCCUGAACAUGCCCAAGUCUUCCAUGUAUCUUCCGGUGACUCCGGCCAUGAACAAACUCCGCAGAUCCCUCAACCUUCUUGAAGUUCCUCAUCUUCAGCACGGCCCACAUGCAAAGCAGCAAAAACUCCACAGUGCUGCUGACCUGCACCUACCUCGGGACUCUCAGGGCAACACCGACUUUGCAACUCUGGUGAAGCAGCUGAAGGAGUGUCCCACUCUGCAGGACCAGGCCGACAUCCUCUACAUCCUCUACAUUAUGAAAGGAGCUGAUUGGCCGGUGGAGCUGUCGGGUCCUGGACAGGGUGGAGUCAGUGUUCGCUGUCUGCUGGAGGAGCUUUAUGUACAAGCUGGAGCCUGCAAAGAGUGGGGGCUCAUCAGAUACAUAUCUGGGAUACUACACAAGAGAGUGGAGGUCCUCGCAGAGGCCUGCACAGACCUGAUUUCCCAUCACAAGCAGCUGACUGUAGGUUUACCUCCUGAACCCAGGGAGAGAGUGAUCACAGUCCCACUUCCUCCUGAAGAGCUGAACACUCUGAUCUAUGAAGCCAGUGGUCAGGACAUCAGUAUAGCUGUUCUCACUCAGGAAAUCAUGGUCUAUCUGGCCAUGUACGUGCGCUCCCAGCCCGCUCUGUUUGGCGACAUGCUCCGACUCAGGAUUGGACUCAUCAUGCAGGUGAUGGCCACUGAGCUGGCUCGCAGUCUCCACUGUUCAGGGGAGGAGGCGUCUGAGAGUUUGAUGAGUCUGAGUCCGUUCAGCAUGAAGAGCCUCCUGCAUCACAUCCUCAGUGGAAAAGAGUUUGGGGUGGAGAGAAGUAUGCGUCCAGUCCAGUCCACAGCCACGAGUCCUGCCAUCUCCAUCCAUGAGCUGGGCCACACAGGAGCCACCAAGACUGAACGCACAGGAAUACACAAGCUGAAGAGUGAAAUAAAACAGCUGGAUGACUCUCAUCCUGUCAGUAUCUUCAGUGGGGGUCUUUCCUUGAAUAGCAAUGUCACCUCUCCUCGCUCCACGCGCUGCAGCAGCCCCUCCACUCCCAGUGGAAUGCUGUCUCCAGUGGGUCCUGGUCCAGCAGACGGACAGCUGCACUGGGAGGAGAGACAAGGCCAGUGGUUGAGGAGACGCAGGCUGGACGGAGCCAUCAAUAGAGUGCCGAUGGGUUUCUACCAGAAGGUGUGGAAGAUCCUGCAGAAGUGCCACGGCCUGUCCAUCGAUGGAUACGUGUUGCCCUCUUCUACCACCAGAGAGAUGACCGCUGGGGAGAUCAAGUUUGCAGUGCAGGUGGAGUCGGUCCUGAACCACGUCCCUCAACCAGAGUACCGGCAGCUGCUAGUGGAGACCGUGAUGGUUCUGGGUCUGGUGGCCGACGUGGACGUGGACAGCAUCGGUGGCAUCAUCCACGUGGAUCGCAUCCUGCAUUUGGCCAAUGACCUUUUCCUUACUGACCAGAAAUUAAACAGUGCCAGUGAAUAUUUCCUUGAGAAGGAUCCAGCAACCGGAAUCUGCAACUUUUUCUACGACAGCGCCCCCAGUGGAAGCUACGGCACCAUGACUUACCUCUCUAAAGCGACUGUCACCUACGUCCAGGACUUCCUGCCAAGUUCCAGCUGCUUGAUGCAGUGAAGAAGAAGCAGACUAGUGUGUCUGGAAGCUCCCAACAGACCCUGAAGAGACUUUUUCUGACUAAAGAACCAGUUGGCCAAAGGCAAGCUUCUCAUAGCAGCUCAUACAAUCCAUCUUAUAUAGUGACAGAACAUCAGAGCCUUGGUAGCUGAUGCAAACUACUGUAGAACUGAUUUAGUCUUUCUGAGUCUGGACUGUGAACUUAUUUAUUAACAUGCUGCUCAAACGCAUGUUUAAAAAACUUACUUGCAUUUUAUGCAAAUUAAAGACAUAAGACAUAAUUAAGACAUAAGCUCAUCUCUGUGCUUUUAAAGAAUAUUAUAUUAGCAGUUAUCUGUGCCAUAUGUUGUCACUUUACUGAGCCCAGCAGUUAUCAGAGUAAACAUUUUAAUAAUUUAUGCAGAAAAGUGAAGAAUUGUUUUCAUCAGUCCCUAACGUUUUUAAAUUAAUAUUUAAUUUGUUUAUUUAGUAAUAUAUUUCAGUGUUCUACUGUAAUGACUGACCUAAAUAUGUGGGGAAAUUAAAAAAGCACGAUUACCCCACAAAUGACUGUGUGCAUAAAAAUUAACAACAGUUUUACCUCUGAUAGCUUCCAGACUCUAUAAUUUCUUAUGAAUGAUACUGAAACUUACUUGUUGUCAUCUUCUAUUAAUAUUAAACUGUAUAAGAACCAGAAUCACUGCUGUCUUUAAAUGCCAAGAGGCGUUUGUCUUUGUGUACUUGUUGUGUGUUUUUGUACAGUAAAUGAAUAUGAAUCUGUCCGCUACUGAAUGUCAUCCCAGGAUUAUGCUACUGUAACGUCCAGUCGACAUUACCUCAACAUACUAACAGCUUGCUUGUUUGUGUGCAGUGAAAAUGUUUUUAUUUGUGGUAUAUUAGAGUAAUAAAACUCCUCUAAUACAACAGGCAUAUACAGUGGCCUCCAAAAAUAUAUUAACAUCAGAGUGAAACUACAUUUUUGCUCUUAAGGUGUUCAGUGUGAAAUAAAAGCAGCAAUUAUCAA